AUGUACUACAACUUUUAUGCAGGCGAGGCGUUAGACGCCGCGUCUCCUGGAACCGGCCCACAAGGAAGUCCGCCGCCCGUUCGCAUGCUGGUCACGCAACAGAUUAAUGGCUGCCGAAAUAACGGCGUUCCGCGAAGCCGCGACGCUAACCCGGAACCGAUACCGCACGUGGCCGCUGCCGACGCCACCGGCGACAUCAAAGCG